GGGCGCGGGACGAGGCCGCUUCGCCGUCGAAGCUUUAGAAAUGGGGAGGGUCGGCGCCGAGCCUCGAGGCGGCCUCCUCAGCCCCCGGGUGCGCCAGCGGAGGGCCGGAGAGGCGAGGAGCACCAUGACCUCGGCUCAGGCAGUGCCGCGGGCAGCCCCGCGCGUGGCCGGCCGUUGGAGCGAGAAGGGCCUCGAGGCGCCGCGAGCGAGUGAGGGCGCGUCUGCGCGUGCGCGGUCGGCCGGCUGGUGGGCGAGGGAAGCGCGACGGACGCCGGGAAGCCGCUCGUGAGGGAUGAUAACAAUGGAUGAAAUCUUUUCCCGAUUAAAGCAGCUGACGCCUGAUGAGCUGAGAGAAGAAAUUGUCAAAGCUGGCUUGAAAUGUGGGCCCAUUACUCUAACCACCAGAUCGAUUUUUGAAAAAAGACUGGCCCAGUCUUUAUUGGAACAGCAAGGAGCAUGCGAGGCAACGACUCCCAUUUCAAAUGGCGUUCCUGGAAGUGCUGCAGCUGAUGGUGGCCAGCCAGAAGUCAAAAAAACAAAUGGUCACCUAGGCUCUCCUGAGGAUGGGGAUUUUGGAUACAGCAUGGGUCUGAACCCUCCUGAGGAAGAAGCCCUGAUGCAUGAAGCUAAUGGCUCUCCCGUUCGUUCUCAGACUCCCUCCAAAAUGCCUCUGAUAUACUACGGUGUGUGCCCAGUGUAUGAUGACAUAUUGGCCAGAAAUGAAAGGGUACAUGUGUAUGAGGAUAAAAAGGAAGCUUUGCAAGCUGUUAAGAUGAUUAAAGGGUCACGGUUUAAAGCUUUCUCAAAUAGGGAAGAUGCAGAGAAAUUUGCCAAAGGCAUAUGUGAUUAUUUUCCUUCUCCAAACAAGUCCUCCAUAUCUCUGUCUCCUGUGAAAGUCUGUUCAGUCUUCAAUAGAGAUGGGUUGUGCUCUCCUGAGCUGGAAGCAGUCAGUAAAGAAAGAGCCAACAGUUACAAAAGCCCUCGUACCCAGGAUCUGACCGCAAAACUCCGGAAAGCCGUUGAGAAAGGAGAUGAAAGCACCUUCUUAGAACUCAUCUGGAGUAAUCCUCGCUAUCUCAUUGGCUCUGGAGACAAUCCGACUAUUGUGCAGGAGGGCUGUAGGUACAACGUCAUGCACGUUGCAGCCAAAGAGAAUCAACCUGGCAUCUGCCGGUUGCUGUUGGAUACUCUGGAAAAUCCCGAAUUUAUGCGGCUGAUGUAUCCUGAUGAUGACGCAAUCAUGUUGCAGAAGCGCAUCAGUUACAUAGUGGAUCUUUAUCUGAAUACACCAGAUAAAAUGGGAUUUGAUACACCACUGCAUUUCGCUUGCAAGUUUGGGAAUCCAGAUGUGGUCAGCAAUCUUGCUUCCCACCCAGGCAUUGUAAAGAACCCAAAAAAUAAAUAUGAUCAAACUCCAGCAGACGUAAUUUGUGAAAGGAGCAAAAAUAAAUCGGCAGAUCUGAAAACAAAAAUUAGAGAACACUUGGAAGGUCAGUGUUACGUGCCCCUCUUCAGAGCGGAAGAUAACGCCUCAGCACCCGUGAUUGGAGCCCCUUGGUCGUCAGAUCAAACAGACAGCAGCCCGCUUGCUUCUUUGCCCAGAUGUAUUGGCAGCCCCAAAGAUCCUAUGCUGACAGUGAGGGCUUACGCAGGUCCAGUGAGUCCUUCCAAGGCAGAAGACUUCCGCAGGCUUUGGAAGACUCCACCUCGGGACAGGGCGGAAUAUUUUUACCAUCUCAGAAAAUCUGAUCUGGAAAGAGGGGUCGAAAGAGUUGGAAGGGAGUUAGCUCAUGAACUGGGGUUCCCUUGGGUUGAAUACUGGGAAUUUCUGGGCUGUUUUGUUGAUCUGUCUUCCCAGGAGGGGCUAGAACGGCUAGAAGAAUACCUGAAUCAACAGGAAAUGAGCAAUAAUGCUCAACUCGAAACAGGAGAAAAUGAAGCCCACAACAGAUACAAACCUCCGCACUCUUCUGGUAAAAGUAAAAACUGUAAUUCUGUCUCCGUUGGAGCAUUUCUCGAUGACGACGAUAUGAGUUUGGAAGAAGUAAAAAACAGACAAAACGCUGCCAGAAAUUACGGCCACGUUAUAGCACCUAACGAACCAACUAUUGGUAGCUUCGGAAGCUCGGAGUGUGACAUUCUGUCCAUUGAACAUACUGGGAAUAUAAUGCCAAGGACCAAAACCUCCAGCAGGCCAUCAGAAAAAGGAGAUCCUCCCAGUAAAAAUGGAUUUUGUAGUCCUGCAGCUGGUGAUGAUAGGACAGGAAACCACCAUAGGAGGCACCCAAGCCAAGAAGAAUGCUUUCCGUCCCCCGUUGCCAAUUUAAUGGAAAAAUUUGAUCAGUUCUCUUGUCAGGAUCAGGCCACAGUGAGGGAGAGCUCACCAGGCAAGGCAAACCAGAGGGCAGCAAAAAUUCGGAAAUGCCCAGAGCAGCUGCCUAAAAUGUGCUCCCUGCUUUCCAAGGCAGGUGCCACUGCUAGGAAGAACGAGGAUCUCAAAAACAGAACCGAAGAGGGACACCCGCGAGAGGCAGAGAGGCCCUCGGCAGAAACCGAGGCCAGGGCUGGGGAGAGAAAGCAGCCGCGUGCUUCUGAAUUGCCACUCGAGAUGUCUCUACCCGGUUUUCUAAAGACGCCAUCCCCAAGCGGAAAAACCAAGCAGCUGUUCCUUUUAGGGGAUCAGCCCUCAAAGUGGGACAGCGAUGCGUUAACUGCAUUACUUGGGGUAGAGAUCGAUGCCCAAAGGUAUCCUGCCAUUUACAAGUGGAACAAGUCUAUACAGGCUUAUCCUCCUUCUGAACGGCAAAGGUGGUCAAGUCCUUCACUUAAAGUCAAGCGUCAAGCCACCUCAAGCCCAGCAAGAAGUCUGCCAUACUUGACUCCAGGAAAGAACAGCCCGGGGAAGUACAGUGCAGCGGCUGCUACCUUCUCCCCGGAUUUAGGGAGCCCGGGACGGUAUACCCCAGCGUAUGUGAACUACCUUCUUUUGUCCAAAAGGCAACAGUUCUCAGGACUGCCUAAUCAUUAGCAUGGGAUCCUCCACACUGGCAAUGAAAUGUUUAAGUGAAGGAAAUUUUGGAUUGUUGAAACACUGACAGGAUGGUUUCCCUGACCACUUUUAUUUAUUUAUUCUUGGAAGAGGGGGCUGCUGGCAGAGAAUUAUUUUCAUUCCGUUUACCAGACUGUCAGUGUCCUGUAAGUUAGCAAGUUACUCCUGAAAAUCACCUGAACAGUAUAGUGAUCAUGGACUGAAGUGGCCUUUUUGGACUCAUUCACUGAGAUCCAGUCUGCCUGUGAUUCUUCCUCUCCUUGGAAUCCUCUUGACUGUAGCAUCUGUAAAGAGUUGAGUUGUCAUAAUUAGUCUUCCAGUUGGGCUGAGAGAGAGGAAUAAGUAACCUUUUUUCCCAAUGGGUACAGAGUGCAAACUCACGAUUUACGAUCUCAUCUACUUAAGAUUGUUAAAAAGCAUAAGGGAACCUGCUGUGGCCUCCGCUGAACCUUUAAGAAAAGCUAAUGAAAGAAAUAACACAAGUAUUUCUCCCCAUUUGCCCUUCUUUCUUUCUGGUCUCAGGCAGACUUUGCAGCUCCGACAGAAAAGCUCAUUAGCAGUAAUAAAGCCAUCGCUGGCUUUCCCCUUGAGAGCUAAGUUCAUCGUUGCAUACCAUGGGAGCAAAAACCAUCAACAUUAACUCCAUGUUUGAUGAAAACCUGUUACUUUAAAUCCCGUGCCAUUUCAUGAUCGCUAAUUUCUGACAGAACAUUUUAGAAUAAACCUGCCCGACUCCACAUUCCUAAUGUUGAUAUUCACUGCAAGCCAUUUUCUAAUAGCCUAGCUCCCUACUGCGAUUGUCUGUCCGUGUGUAAUUUGGAGAUAAUCUCUAGCAGGGAGGGAAAGAAGAUACACACAAAAUGGGAGAUUCUCUUAAUCCUCGGGUUUAAAGAGAGUGGUGGCGAGGGUUAUUUACUACACACUAACUUGAAAUAAUCACAGCUUCAGGAACUGCACCGGUGGUUUCCUUACCCAUGUGUAACCAAUGUUUUAUAUACUACUUCUUUGAUGUUUUUGGUACUAAAACUUCAGAACUGCACUCAAGACUCUUCCAGUUUUAUUAGUGCCUUUUGUAACUUUUAUGUUUGGUAUUUCAGUCUUGCUUUUAAAUUAGUAAUGUUCCCUUAUAGAUUAAACACAUUUUAACUUUCCACUUUUGGAGUUUUUAAAGGUAUCAUUUAUAGUUUAAAAGAUUCCAACAGAUACUGUAACCAUCUAUUUAUUUUAUAUAUGUAAUGUAAGUGUCCUAUACAUAAAUAACAGAUACUCCCAGUUAAAGCCAAACCUGUUACAAAUUAAUUUGAGGAUCAUUGGGAUAGAAACGCAACCAGGUUUUGGGGCAGCUCCCUCGUGAGCCACCUUGCAUUCGCUAUCUGUGUUGUUCUCCAGAAAGUAUAAAAUCUGUCCAGGUUGUACUGACAUAUCCCACCCUAAAGACUGUGGUGGGUUGUGGUACUAAGGAAAAAAACAGAAGAAAUGCACCAGAGUUCUGUAGUGCAAUGUUGAGAUAAAGUCAGUUUCUAAAAAUCCUUUAGUGUACUAUGGUUUCUGAAAUUCAGCCUUCAUGCUCAAAGUGCUCUAUGCACAUUACACCUUGUAGACUUAAUGGUACAAAGCCAGAUAGGGCUAUUCUAGGCAUUCACAGGUCUUCUUGUGUAAAGCUUACUCCAUGGUAUAAAGGAAAGCCUUCCUGCUAAGCCACUGCAAAUAAUUGGUUAAAACCAUAAGCAACUGACCAAUUUCCUUUGCUUUGUUAAUACUUUUGUACUCAAGGGUGUUUCUGGAGCACAAAUGUUCAGUUAACACUUUUGUUGAGAUGUCUGAAGAGAGGUCAAAUUAUUGGUGUUGAAAAUAUUGUCUAAAAUCGACUUGUGUAUUUUUGGGGGGGGUCAAUGUGUUAAUGUGAAUUUUAAACAAGCUUAUUAAAUUUGUUUAUUUAAAACGUGUUUUCUCUAUUAAUCAGUGGAUUGGUUUUGCAAUUUUAAUACAAAACCUGUGGUAGCUAUUUGGUUUCUGCACUUUUAUAUUUUUUGCUGGGGCAUGGAAGCAAAGUCACAAAGGCCUUAUGUAGUACAUCAAAGUAUGUAAGACGAGAAAAACCCAAUGGAUGACUAGCACGUGUUAAUGGCAUGUAAGUUACACAUUCCAGGGCUUUUUAGAAUCUGAUCCAAAGCAGCAGCUGAAAUUACUAGGAUGUGGUAUUUCAUAGUCUCUUUUCGUUUCAAUUCCCUCUUCCCACUAAAAUAAAAUCAGAUGCCGUUGCGCUGCGUAAGUAGCAAAGGCCCAGACAAGUGUCAUACUUCUAUUUUUGCAUUUAUAGAAUCUUGGUAUUCAAUCUCAGAAUUGAAAUCUUGAUUUAAAAACUUCAACCACCCUCUAGGACAGCCUUUCUCAACCUUCCUGGAGGAACCCUUGAAAU